CAGAAAGAUCCAGCGAUGGGCCACGUGCUUCCUGAUGGACCGUUCCAGUAGGAAGCAUCUUUUCACAUCGCUGUCGCAUGGGAGUCAUGUGGGACUUCCACCACCGGGAGUUUUGGCUGUUGACCAAUUCACAACUGAACGCUCCGAAGACUUGCAGAAACUGCUGGCAGUGAAGGAGCUGAAGGAGCUGAAGGACGUUCCCUCCGCACGGCAAGCUCGCCGGCGAGCUCGGAGUUGGAGGCUUUUCGGCUUGGCGCGGUGCCGGGGUCCCAAAGCUGGAACCCAGCGCAAGGUGAAACGCCGAAGUUUGCCAAAAGAUGGCCAUGUGGCAGUUGCAACCAGAAUGGCUUCGGAGAAACAACCUGGAGACAACCAGGCUGUCAGAGUAAGAAAGCACUGGAGGAGACCCGCACUUCUUUUACAAGCGCAUGCCUGGGCACCCCCUGGAGUUGCGGGUUCUUUGCAAUCAAGGUUCCUGGAAACGCAUAUUUGGCAUGCCAAGCGUGCUCAUAUGGAAAAUGUUUGGGGACAUCGCCUAGCUUCACGCAACAAUGCUUUGGGCACUCGGGCAUUGGCCAGGGCGACACGAAGAUAUUGCUGCGCUCAUGACCGAAGUUACAUGCAAAUCCUGGAGUUGUUUGGGUCUGAGAGUUUGCUGGUGGCUACAUUGGGCUCCUGUGGCAUAGACAGCCGUUUGCUGCUUGCCAAGGAAGCCCGAGCAGGUCUUCGACGAAUACGUGUCAUGAUGAAAGCAUGCGACGGUGAUCGGUUGAUAGGUCCAGCAUACGUGUUGUGGAGUCCCAGCACGAUUUCGCAGAGACAACCUGCAGACAAAGAGAUUGAAGAAGAGGAGGAGGUCUUGCCAUUCGUUCUGGAUGUCCUUGGAGAAAAUGUUGCAGCAGAACAGGUGCAGGCAAAGGGUCCUGCCGAAGAUGUCAAAGCACAUCAAGAUGUUGAAAUGGAAGAUGAACGCAAAACACCUGAGAUUCCGACUGAGACGGCUUGGAAAUUGUGGCUUUGGAUCCAUCCGGCAGCUGUGGCGGAGGCCAUUGCAAGCUUGAACCGGGCAGAACAACUGCGAAGCCAAAAAGAUGAGCUCCUGCGAGUCACCACCCCCUCACAGCCCUGCUUCUUGGAGCUGAUGGGCCCCAAAGCCAUCGAGGUACUUGGCAGAGCUAUUCCACCAGAGGCGUGUCGCAGCUCUGCAGCUAGGGACUUGUGGCACGAGGUAGUGCUGGCCAGUCAUGGCCAGCGGUUGACGCCUCCUCCCGGGGCCGUUCUUACCCUGGAGGUGCAGGAAUCUGCACUGAUACCAUGCAGCACAAAACUGGUGGCGCCGGCAGCAGUGCAGCAAGCGAAGCAACCAUGGCUAGCCCGGUGGCCGGCGGACGCAGUCGGAUGCAGCCGGAUUUGGGCAGACGGAGAGACUUCAGAGGAUGGCUAUGUUUGCGUGGUCUUGGUCUUUCGACCUGGUGGCAAACUAGCAGAUGCAGCAGGUGGUGUGGAUGUUCUUUCAGCGCCAGGUGUGCAUCGAAAGCUGUGGUUGCGCUGUCACUUUGCUGGUGCAAGAGGGAUGGGCUUCCGUGAUCGGCACUACUUGCUAGCUGAUGCUGGCCUGCCUGAAUUCCCACAAGAUUUCCCAGACACACAAGCGGGUCAACAAGAAGCAGCGUCUCAGGCUGCUGACUCCCUGCGACGCUUUGAGCGGCGACUUCCCAAGAAGAGGCCCAACUUCGGAGUGCUGGGCAUUGCUGCCCCUCAUGGACCUGACUGGGGUUCCCUGUCAGCGGUUUGUGAUCCAACAGGGAGGCCAACCAUUUGUAGGCCAAGCCAACUGCAACUCCUCACGCGAAGGCAUUGCUUCUAUUCGCAACCAGGGCUGCUGCCUGUGAGGGUGCUCUCAUUGGGCCGUGGCGUUCCGAGAGGUGGUUGCCAUCUCUACCGUCCUGCAGCUUCCGACUUCGAGCAGGUGAAACCCAGAGGCCAGCCAAGCAAGGGAGGUGCGGGUGGAGCUCGAGCGCAUCUCGUCAGUGUGAGCUGUCCUUCACCCGCCUCAGAGACACCAACCCUGGAGGCUUUCGAUGCUUCUUUGGCCUCACGUAGUGCUGAGAAGCAGAUGCUGCGAGAAGCCCCACCAGCUGAGCUGGCUGAAAAGCUUUUGCAUCACUUUAGUGCCUUCCAGGUCAAGGCAAAAGCAGUUCACGAACAAGUGGAAUCGAUGCGGAUUACAGUGGACACAGCCUAUGUGCAAGACAUGCUGCUGGACUAUGCUUCUGGCAUUGCCUCGGAGAUCAGCAAAGCCCGUGACAAGCUACGGAAGAGCGGUGGGAACAUGACUGACAGCGCGCAGGAUGACCAGCUCUCAUUCUGCCUGGCGGUCAUCGAGCUGAUCACCGAAACGAUGCUGAAUCCAUCCGCUGUUGCACCAGGUUUGCUCCGGUGGUAUAGCCGCCACUACUUGGAAGGCCAUUGUGACAGUGGCAGCCACACAGUGGCCUGGGCAUUCUGA